CCAAAAUGCACGUUGGAAUUCCAGUGAUUCAAUCGGAUUUUAUAAUUUUUUAUUAAUAUAGUUUUAUAAUCUUUAUUAUUUUUAGAGUGUUAAUGAGGUAAUUGCCCAAAUAAAGUGAUUGAAUAUAUAUUAAAUCGGUUAAAUCAAACAAGAUGUGAAAAAAUUGAAAAAAAUGAAUUUCAUCACAGUGUGCAGUGCAAGGAGUGCAAGCUAUCAGCUGUCUUUUUCGUGCGAAUGCGGUGUAAAUGCAAAAUUGUUUUUACCGGGAAAUUUGUGCAUCAUUUAUCAAUAAAUUAGUGAAUCAGUGGACAGUUUCUGAUAAGAAAACACCUCAAGUGCUCCAAAAAGCAGAAAUUCAUCAAUGGCAAACCCGAAAUAUGAAAGCCACGCUGUGGCUCUGCACUUUGGUAACAACAAUGCUUUGCCUCACCCAGAGUAUUCGCGGUUCUCCAGUUGCAACUUUUCAAUAUAGCGACGAGUCACGAGGGAAUGAGCUUCUGCAGGAUAAAUUUGAGGUACCAAAACGAGGUCAUGCAUCUCUUUCAAUAGUGAAUCCAUUGGAUGUUCUAAGGAAGAGGCUACUGCUUGAGAUUGCCAGAAGACAGAUGAGAGAAAACAACAGACAGAUUGAGAUAAAUAGGGCAAUCUUGAAGACGAUUGGUAAAAAGCGUGCAGAAGUGCCGCCGGAUUAUGUGUAUGAGCACCAAAUGGAUUUCGACGCCAAUUCGAACCCCUCGAAGAAAGUCAUCCUCAGUCGAAUUGAUAACGAUAUUCCAAUGAUGUACAAUGAGUACAGAAGUCAAAAAGAUAGUUUAUUUUAGGUGCAACCCCUUUUUUGUUCCACCCGCAACAUUUAUAAAUGAACAUCUUCCCACAAGUAAAAAGAAAAUGUUUGAAGAAAAAAAGAGUAUUACGACCAUCCCAAUUUGAUUAGAGAUCUGUCCCAUUAAUUCUCUUAUCCCACCCUUUCAAAGGAUAUUAGUAUUCCAUGAAUAGUUGGAAUUUUCAUUAUAUAGUAACAUGUUUUGUAGGAUGAAAAUUACUCUAUUUAUAUAGUUGCUGAAGAUGAGAUUGGAGAUUGAGGCUCAUAUAGCUGGAAAAUUAUUUCCAAUUAAUCAUUGUUUACACAUCAACAGCCAUUUUUAAUUGAAUCGCAUCAGAUAUUUACGGCUAAAAAGUGCAUAGUGGAACACUCAAUUUUUCAUGGAAUAAAUUUAAAAUCUAAUAAAAAUGUUAUAUUUUAAAUUGCAUGUGAUUUCCAAUCAAUUUCUCUCCGAUCUAAUCAAAUUAUAGUGAGAUCAUCAAGUCUUCUAGAAAAUAAUUUAUAAAUAGAUUUAAAAUAAAAAGGAAAAAAAAAUAUUAAUAUAAAUGAGAGGACAAAAAAAAUGGAACAAUAUGUGAAAGAAAAAAAAAAUUAAGAAUAAUAACCAAAAAUAUGCAACACAAAUAUUUAUUGAAUAUGUAAAACAUGAGAUGAAAUACAUGGAUAAAAUUAGUGACAUCCUAUUCAUAUUGAAAAUUCUUUCAUAAAAUGACAGAAGAAUCAAACACGUGAGAGAUGAAGUAAAAAGGGGAUGAAAGAAGGAGAAAUCUAUUGACUAAAAGAAAAUGAGAUGAUGUAUAUAAUAAAAUUUAAUUUUUAAGCAAUAUAUAAACUUUUGGAAAACCUAAA